CUGUACGACGAACCAUCCCCCCAUCUGACCGUGGCGAAAGGAGGGGCUGGCUGGCCGUACGGGUGUGAGAACCGCGUUUUAUUCUAUAUAAAUAGCCAUCGGUGGCUGAUCAUCAAACAGUAUCAGUUACAGUUCAGCUACAUUGAAGCUAAUAAUCCAGUUCGACGCCCGCCCUCCUACAAAGCAAUCAACAUGUACGCCAAAGUUGCGAUCUGCCUGGUCCUGUGCGCUCUCAGUAUGGUUUCGGCCGGAGUUCUACCGCUGGCUGCGCCUCUGGCCACGGCUGGAGUGAUUGCACCGUACGCCACUUCCUACAAUGCCCACACCGUGAACCACAAUAUCGCGGCUCCGUACGUGGCGGCUACCCCGUUCGCUGCCCCCGUUGUUGCUAGGUAUGCCGCUGCGGCUCCAGCCAUUGCCGCCGCUCCAGCUAUCGCUGCCGCACCCGCCCUUGCCGCUUACAGUGCUCCCUUCGGAUAUCCAUAUCUGUUCUAAGUGUGACCGCAAAAAAAAUCGGAAA